AUGCCUUCUAUAGUAAAGUGAAAGAAGGGCAAGAUGAAAAAGAGCUACCAUUCGAUACCCAAGGAAACCUUCAGCCUGCAGCCAACUUCGAAUCAGGCUUUUUCUUGAAGAUUGGACAAUUCGUGAAGUAAUAUUCUAUACAGUAAAAACGUGAAUAGCAAGCUUGAGUCGCUCCCAAAUAGCUAUGAAGCUUUAUCAUCCCACUUGACAGGGAUGAUUGAAGACUUGAAAAAGGAAAUUUUAA